AGGCCUCGGCCGCGGGGCUUGUGGGUAGCCGGUGGCAGGCGCGGGAAAGCCCCACGCGUCGCGUGGGGGGCGCGGGCAUCGGGCGGCAGCUUGCGAGCAGCGGCGCGGCCCGGGGCGGGCGGGAUGAGUGGGGGGCGCGCGAAGCCGCGGGGCGGAGCCCCCGAGGCCGCCCCGAAGCACCGGACCCGGGCCGGGGCCGCACGCCCGGAUCGCCGCAGCUCUCCCGGGGCCUGGGACGAGGAGAGCGAGAGCGUCAGGCUACCAGAAAUAAAACAUAACUUAGAAGAAAACAUUCCCAGGAAAAAAGUGUCAAAAAAUCGUUAUAAUGCAUCUCUGUGUUAUUACACUCGAAAAUUUAUGGACCUUCUCAAAUCUGCACCUGGUGGUAUUCUUCACUUAAAAGAGGUUGCUGCAAUAUUAGGAGUAGGGAAACGAAGAGUAUAUGACAUCACCAACGUAUUACAUGGAAUCGAACUCAUUCAGAAAAGGUCUAAGAACUGUAUUCAGUGGAUAGGAUCUGACCUCAGCACUAUUGAUGGAAAGUUAGCACAGCAAAAGAAGCUAAGGGAUGAAAUUUCUAAUCUAUCAGCAAUGGAAGACACUUUGGAUGAAUUAAAUAAAAUCUGUGCUCACCAGUUAUUUGAAUUAGCAGAUGACAAAGAAAAUGCCAAGCUAGCUUAUGUGACCUGUGAAGAUAUUCAUAGCCUUCAGGCCUUCCACGAGCAGAUUGUUAUUGCAGUCAAAGCUCCAGAAGAAACCAAAUUGAAUGUUCCGCCUCCCAGAGAAGACUCUAUAACAGUACAUAUAAAAAGCACAAAAGGACCCAUUGAUGUGUUUUUGUGUGAAACGAAGCAGGACAGUACAACUGACAACUUGUAUGAAGACAUGGAACCUUAAUUUUCUGAAAACAAGUAUACAGUACACUU